UCGUCUCGCGCAUCGAAUGCUCCAUUCGGCGCGAGGCGGAAACACCCUCAUCAAGUGGAGAAGAUGAAUGUGGAUCAUGAAAUAACCCUCCUCGUAGAUGAAAUACAGCGACUAGGCAGCAAAAAUGCUGACGGGAGGACCAGUGUCAAAUUCGGAGUUCUUUUUAAUGAUGACAAGUGUGCCAACCUGUUCGAGGCUCUCGUCGGGACACUUAAGGCGGCUAAGCGGAAGAAGGUGAUCACCUUUGAUGGGGAACUCUUACUGCAGGGGGUCCACGACAACGUUGAUGUUAUAUUACUGCAAGAAUAAACUUGACAAGUUCAUUUGAGAACAGACAAAGCAUCUUUUCAAAGUGCUAAAGAAUUCAUGCAACUUUUUGAUGACUAAUAAACGUUAAUGUGGUUUUUUCUAUGCUACACCGGAACAUUUUUAUAAAGCUUGUUUUGUUAAGAGUUAAAGUUUUGAACAGUUUCUAUUGACUAAUACCCAACAUCCAAAUCUCCAUUUAUUGUUGAUUGUUGCCAAAAUCAUGUUUUCACCUCUUGUGAAUAAUAAUUAAAAAAAAUAUAUAAUUUUGGAUAUUUGGCUGCAGUUCCAGACAUACACUGUGUUUGACGCAUAUCCAUCUUGUACUGUAUCAACUUGUGAGCAAAGGCAGUAUUGUAUAUUUUUUUUACAUCACUAUAAAUUCAGUAUAAAUUCUACUGUUAAUUUUUCAAUUAGCCAAUGCUCUUCCAGUGCAAUACUUAUUGUGGUUGUUCACAUGUACUUGUACCAAAUGAUUGAUUGUUUUGUAGCCUGUCGGACUUGAUGAAUUUUACCAAGUAUUUUCUGUUUAAUUAAUCUGGACAUAAAUGUAAAAUUGGAAAUGUGAUAAAUGAGCUUUUCCAUUGUGGGAAUUUGAGUAAAUCCAGGACAAAUUUUUGUCUUAUGAGGGAUUUAUAUCACAGGUUUCUGUAAGGAAGUUGGGAAUAUCCUUUCCCAGAACGGACAAGUGAAUUUUUAAUCAUGUCUCAUUUUGGCUGAUGGUUUGACAGAUUUUAAAUUGGACCACGUGUUGGCCGCACUGUUGAUCUUGUGUUUGUCUCAGGAAACUAAAAAAGGUGUAACAGUAGAUAAUAAAAUUUGAAAUACAUAAA